AGCAGCACUUUCUUUCUCUAUCCGCUUCGUCUCUCCCACCUUCUCACAGUUCUCCACCUCACACACUCAAACAUCACAAGACCCCUUUUUUAGAAUAAGUGUGUAAACCAGUCACACGAAGAGAGAAGAGAGAGAAGAGAGACGAGAACAGAGUCCUCCUGUCCAUGGCGUCUUUAGCGUCUUCUACCACACUCAUCUCAUCUUGUAGGGUUCUUCCUUCCAAGUCUUCCUUUUUCUCUCCCACCGCAUCAUCUUUCCUCCGAACUCUACCCUCUUCCUCCGCAUCAUCCUCUUCUCUCUGCUUCCGUCUCGAUUCCAUAACCUGCACCCGCUCUGCUUCUCGCCGUAACUUCGCCGUCAAGGCCCAUAUCGAUGAUUUGCCUCUGGUCGGUAAUAAGGCGCCUGAUUUUGAGGCAGAGGCAGUUUUUGAUCAAGAGUUCAUCAAGGUACUUGGGUUACAUAUAACAUGUUUAGACCAUUUCUGCUGCUUCUACUUAGUUAGUGUCAUAAGAGGUCAAUGCAGUAGAGGAAUACUCUGGUUGUUGAAAAGCUUGAUUUGGUUACUAUCGAUGUCUGUAUCAUGGUUUCAGGUGAAGCUCUCAGAGUACAUCGGUAAAAAGUAUGUGAUUCUGUUUUUCUACCCAUUGGACUUCACUUUUGUCUGCCCUACAGAGAUUACUGCCUUCAGUGACCGUUAUGAAGAAUUUGAGAAGCUAAACACGGAAGUAUUAGGGGUCUCAGUCGACAGUGUGUUCUCGCAUCUUGCGUGGGUCCAAACAGACAGGAAGUCAGGAGGGCUCGGUGAUCUGAACUACCCACUUGUCUCGGAUAUCACUAAAUCCAUUUCAAAAUCGUUUGGAGUGCUCAUCCCUGAUCAGGGCAUUGCACUGAGAGGGCUUUUCAUCAUCGACAAGGAAGGAGUCAUUCAGCAUUCCACCAUCAACAAUCUCGGUAUUGGCCGAAGCGUUGAUGAGACUAUGAGAACCCUCCAGGCAUUACAGUAUGUUCAAGAAAACCCAGAUGAAGUUUGCCCCGCGGGAUGGAAGCCCGGGGAGAAAUCAAUGAAACCUGACCCCAAGCUCAGCAAAGAGUAUUUUUCAGCUAUCUAGAGAGGCUUUUGUAUUGAACCAUUGUUUGUUGAAAAGCAGAGGCAUUUUUUAUCUUUCCUUAUAUAUUUAGAGAGCUGAGUUUGUUAUUUCUGCCAACGAACAUUUGUUUGAAAAUCCUCUUUAAUUCUGGUUCUGCUACCAGAGUAUCUGACCUUGCAAAACUAAAUUAGAAACAAAGCAUGUGAGA